AGAGCUGCCAUAUAUAUUUCCACAAGGAAAGGAGAGUUCAGUUCGAUUCGAAAUUGUCUCCUCUCAUUCGCUUUCUUCAAUUUUUCCCCGCGAAGACUCCAUCUUGCUUGAGUCUCCUUUCCUAAUCCUGAAAAUUUCACGAUGGCGGUGGUGGACUUUCUUGUCGUUGAUACUGCUGCCUUUGGAGCCGCUGCGAAAGGUAUAGGAGUCGCAAAGCUCCUGCUUCGAAGUUUUCAUGCUUGCAAUAGCCUCUGUCUGAGCGAUUCACAUGCGGAACCAUUAUUUUCUUCAUCGCCGUCCUUCAGAGUUUUGCAAAUCUCAUCGGUGAGUAAUGCGAUCGACGCCGUCGCUCCACCGACUGUGAAAUCUAUUUCAUGCAGAGUACCUCGUCGAACUCUUCUCCGCAGAAAACGACGAACGAAGCGCAGAUUAUCCGGUGAUGGCUCCGAGAAUGUCGGACAUCAGGGGUUCUUUUCCGGUGAUGAUGGCGAUGGUCCUUUUUGGGGCGAUGGUGGUGGUUUCGGCGGCAGUGGCGGGGGUUGGAACUUUAAUAGAUUUGGUGAAGGGCACGAUUGGGAUGAAUCGUCGUCUUCGCAUUCGGACCCCGCUUUUGAUUUCGUCUAUGAGGUGCUGUCCUGGAUCAUGCUUUCAAAUUGCCUCCAUUUUGCGUUCAAGAGGAUUGUCAGAUGGGCUUCGGGCGGCAUUGUCGGUGCUGAUAGCGGAAAAGUUUAUAGGAAAUUGGCGCCAACGGCUCGGUACCUUAUACUGCAUCGAAAUUUAUGCUUUUAGGAACGUAAGCUGGCAGAUUAGCUGGGAUCACUUGUGUAAUUAAUUGGCCAUUUACAUACGUUUCUGUUGGUUCCCGUAAAUACUGUACAUAAUUCUCAUUUAAUUUAUAGUUUCUCGUUAAUUUCUAAAUUUAGAUGUGCCAUUGUGGUUAAUUUGCUGAUGCUAUGGUAUAACUACGACUACGGAGCUGAGCGCACAGCUGACUUAGUCAAUAUUACUGCUUUGUUCAA